AAAAUAAAGGUCCAAUCUGAUGAAUAUUUGAAGCAAAUAAAAUAUACCUGUGCGUGUGCCGUAACUCCAUAGAAAUCAAAAAAACCAUACGUUCAUCAAGAACGACGUUUCAGUUUCAUCAUCGGAUUCUGAUCAUCAAUUCAUCAUUCAUUCGAACGACGUUAAAGAAUCUUCAGAAAAUGUCAGCAAGAGCUAAAGUUCCAGCCAUUGGUAUUGAUCUUGGAACUACUUACUCGUGUGUGGGUGUUUGGCUACACAACCGAGUUUAGAUCAUACCAAAUGAGGCAGGUGACCGAACCACCCCCUCAUACGUUGCUUUCAAUGAAACUAAACGAUUGGUCGGGGAGGCUGCCAAGAACCAGGCUACUUCUAAUCCCACCAACACCAUCUUUGGUGUCAAACGGUUGAUCGGAAGAAAAGCAAGUGAUCAGAUGGUUCAGGAAGACAUGAAAAAAAGCCUUUUUAAAGUUGUGGCUGGCAGCCAUGACAAGCCAAAAAUCAUAGUCAAAUACAAGAAUGAAGAUAUAGAGUUUGCUCCUGAAGAAAUAUCUUCCAUGAUUUUAACCAAGAUGAAAGACAUUGCAGAGACAUUUCUAGGAUCGAAAGUUGAAAAAGUUGUUAUCACUGUUCCUGCUUAUUUCAAUGAUUCUCAACGGAAAUCCACAAAAGAUGAUGCAGUGAUUGCUGGACUCGAAGUUCUGCACAUGAUUAAUGAACCUACCGCUGCUGCAAUAGCUUAUACACUAGACAAAAGAGCCGAUGUAGAUGGCAAGAUGAAUGUGUUGGUUUUUGACUUGGGUUGUGGUACUUUUGAUGUCUCCAUUCUCACCAUCGAUAAAGGGGGGCUUAUUGAGGUUAAAGCUACGGGUGGUGAUACACAUUUGGGAGGUGAGGACUUUGAUAACAGAAUGGUGGGUUAUUUUGUCCGUGAAUUUCAAAGAAAACAUAAAAAGGAUAUUAGUAAGAACCUAAAAGCUUUGGGUAGGUUGAGGGAUAGUUGUGAGAGGGCUAAGAGAUUUAUUUCAACAGAUUCUGAGGUUUCAAUUGAUAUUCCUUGCUUGUCUGACGCAAUUGAUUUUUCUGCAAAGUUUACUAGGGCUAAGUUUGAAGAGGUGAAUAUGGACUUGUUCACGAAGUGCAUGGAUAUUGUGAAAACUUAUCUGAGAGAUGUGAAUAUGAGUACAGAUAGCAUUGAUGAAGUGGUUCUUGUUGGUGGAUCGACUCGGAUAUGCAAGAUACAAGAAUUGUUGAAGGAGUUGUUUAAUGGAAAAGUACUUUACCAACGAACCAGUCCCGAUGAAGCCGUUGCAUGUGGGGCUGGGAUGCUAGCUGCGAAGUUAAGUGGCAUGGGUAAUGAAGCUGGGCAAGCUGUGGAGGUGAUUGAUGUCACUCCUUUGUCGCUUGGUGUGAGUACUUUUAAUGAUGCUAUGGUUGUUUUAAUUCCAAAAGGUUCACCUAUACCAACCAAGAAGGAACACACAUUCUGUAUAGGUUAUGACAAUCAAACUCGUAUGGCUCUUUCUGUGUAUCAAGGUGAGAGAUCAAAGUCUAUAGAAAACUUUUUCUUGUCAGAGUUUUGGCUGUCCGGCCUUCCCCGUGCUGCGGGGCGUGUAGUUAAGGUAGUUGUAUGCUUUGAGAUAGAUGCCAAUGGGAUUCUUCACGCCUCAGCAAGAGAAAUAACUACCAGGAGAAAAAACGUGAGAAAGAUGACUAACACUGGAUCUCUGUCAAAAUCAGAGAUCAAGAAGAUGAUUAAAGAUGUUGAACGAUAUAAGUUGGAGGAUGAAACACGCAUGAAGAAGGUAAUAGCCCGUAAUGCUUUAGCAGACUUUGUUUAUAAAACAAGAGCCAAGAUCAAGGAUGACAAUUUUCGAGUGAAGCGUAGUAGGGAGAUUAGACUUAGUGUAAAGGACUUGGAAGAAAUAGACCAUCAGAUUGAGGAGGCAAUAGAAUGGCUUGAUGAACACCCCAAUGCUGAAAUUGUUGACUUGGAGAACAAGGAAGAGGAGCUUAACAAAAUAUGCAAACGUACCAAGUUGAAACGCGUAUGGAAAGACUAAGGUAAUAAAUAUAUAGUCUCUAAAAGUAGUGGCCCAUCAAUUAUAACAUAUAUGUGGAUGCGUAUGAAAAUUUUGA